AUUCAUGGAGGUAGUUGAGAAAUAUCUUCCACUGAUUUAAGAUUCUUUAACAUCCAAAAUCCCAACUAGGUGAAUCCUGCACUGACAAUAAAUAGACUACAAGGUCUGCAGAGCUUGUUGUAUAACUUCAGAAAGCUGCAUUUAGCUCUCAUAUUCAAUCUCCCACUUAAAUCUUUCCAAAUGGAACCCUCCAUGAUAAUUUGCCUACCUCUUAUUUGCUGUAUCUUUUUCUGGCUCUGGAAGUUGAUUUUUCGGAAUACAGAAAGUUGCUGCUAUAUGCUGGACUAUGAGUGCUACAAGGGUCCUGAAGACAGGAAGCUUGACACAGAAUCCUGUGGAAAAAUUGUCCUGAGAAACAAGAACCUGGGGCUGGAACAAUACAGGUUUCUGUUACAAACUAUUACUAAUUCUGGCAUUGGCGAAGAAACUUAUGGCCCGAAAAAUAUCAUUGAAGGCAAAGAAGAUUCUCCUUCUCUCGAGGAUGCCUUGUCUGAAAUUGAUGAUAUCAUGUUCAGCACACUCGACAAGCUUUUUGAGAGAACAGGAAUUUCUCCAUCAGAAAUUGACAUACUUAUUGUCAAUGUUUCUUUGUUCGCUCCUGCGCCUUCUCUGACUGCUCGAGUAGUUAACAGGUACAAGAUGAGGCAUGACAUCAAAGCUUUCAACCUUUCUGGAAUGGGUUGUAGUGCAAGCGUGGUAGCUGUGGAUCUAGUUCAGCAUUUGUUCAAGUCCUACAAGAAAGCAUUUGCUGUUGUUGUGAGCACAGAAUCAAUAGGUCCCAACUGGUAUUGUGGCAAAGAGAAAUCCAUGAUUCUCUCCAAUUGUCUUUUCCGUUCAGGAGGCUGCUCUAUGCUCCUGACAAAUAAUAGAGCACUAAAGCAUCGAGCCAUCUUGAAAUUGAACCAUAGUCUACGUACCCAUCUUGGGGCGAAUGAUGAAGCGUAUCGAUGCUGCAUACAGGUAGAAGAUGAUCUUGGUUAUGUAGGCUUUCUCCUGACCAGAGGCCUAACAAGGAAUGCUUCUCAAGCUCUUUCCAUGAAUCUCAGAGAGCUGUUGCCUAAAGUCUUGCCACUAUGGGAAUUGCUUCGCUGCGUUUUCAAGUCUAUCACUCGAAAUAGAAACAAAUGCUUUACUGAAGCAAUUGGAGCAAUUCUAAAUCUCAAGGCUGGAGUUGAUCACUUCUGCAUACACCCAGGUGGGAAGGCAGUGAUUGAUGGAAUUGGUAAGAGUUUAGGGCUAACCGAUUAUGAUCUUGAGCCUGCAAGAAUGGCACUUCAUAGAUUUGGCAACACAUCAGCAGGUGGCCUUUGGUAUGUUUUAGGCUACAUGGAAGCUAAGAAAAGGCUUAAGAAGGGUGACAGAAUCCUAAUGAUAAGUCUUGGAGCAGGUUUUAAGUGCAACAAUUGUGUGUGGGAGGUAUUGAGAGACUUGAAGGAUGUUAAUGUCUGGAAGGACAGCAUAGAUCAUUACCCUCCCCCAAAAGCACCAGUCAAUCCAUUCCUGGAAAAGUAUAGCUGGAUCAAUGAUGAAUACCUGCGCUUCGUUAAACUUCAGUAGAAGCCAAGCCACACACUUGAUUCCUCCAUUUUUACUCUUUAUUACAUGCUUUCUUUCAGUUGAUCUGUUUUUUAUUUUGCCCUUUGGUUCAGUAAUAACAUUCAAUUUUGCUCGUGGCUUCAGCAUGUCAUAUUUCAGCGCGAGUGAAAAGAUUGAUGUAUCUCAUAAUUCUAAAGGUUACAUAGAACCAUUGUUUUACGUUGUAUUAAUGAAGUUAUGUCAAUUUAGUCUUA